GGUUUGAAGUGGGACAUCAAAGAUUUGACAGACAGGACUUCAAUUUGAUUGAAUAAUAGUGAUUUAUUUUUCAAAUAUUGUAUUCGAAAUUUCUAUGUCAAGUGAAAUGUUUAUUACUUAUUGAAUUCUUACAGUUUUUUUUGUUUAUUACAAUUUUAUUGGUUUUGAGUUCAUCGAUUGUGUGCAAUAAACUGUUGAUAAUUUCUAUACCGAAUAUCUAGUUAAAUUUCCGUUAAUCAAUAAAUAAUAAUAAAUAAGUGAAAAUAAGUAAUUUUUUUAUUUAGGUUGAAUAAAUAAAUUACUGAGUAAUUUAAAUCAUAAAAAAUAAUGAGUCGGGCAGCACAACGGAUACAAGUUCCUGAUGAACUUCGUGAUGUACUUUUAGAAUUUACGAUAAGCUAUUUAUUAGAACAGCCUGGUGAUGUAGUAGAUUUUGCUGUAGAAUUUUUUACACGUUUACGUGAUAAUCGUACAACUCAACGAGUUGAAGGGGUGGCAGAUGUACCAUCUCCAGAUGAAUCUGUUAUAUCAAGAGAAGAAGAACCACCAGUAGCGCGUUUCUCAACUAGACGUAAAUCCGUGUUUGCUGAAACUUAUGAUCCUGAAGAGGAUGAAGAUGACGGUGCAAAGGUUGUAUUUCCAAAAUCAGAUGAACAACGUCUUCGUUUGGCUGAAGCUGUACGUAAUAUCUUAUUAUUUCGAUCAUUGGAUAAAGAACAGAUGCAGGAAGUACUUGAUGCCAUGUUCGAAAAAGUGGUUGAAGCUGGUGAUUAUAUAAUAAAACAAGGCGACGAUGGUGAUAAUUUCUACGUUAUAGAAAGUGGUCGAUUUGAUGUGUUCGUUACAACCGAAAGUGGUGAAACAAAACAAAUUCAUACGUAUCAAGAUAAUGGUAGUUUUGGAGAAUUAGCGUUAUUAUAUAAUAUGCCACGUGCAGCUACAAUUCGUGCAUCAUCAAAUGGACGUUUAUGGGCAAUGGAUCGUCAAACAUUUCGUCGAAUCUUAUUAAAAUCAGCGUUUAAAAAGCGAAAGAUGUAUGAAUCUCUUAUUGAUAGUGUUCCAAUGUUAAAAUCAUUACAGUCAUAUGAACGUAUGAAUUUGGCUGAUGCACUUAUACCUAGAACAUACACAGCUGGACAACAAAUAAUCAAACAGGGUGAUUCCGCUGAUGGUAUGUACUUUGUAGAGGAUGGGCAAGUACGGAUCACAAUUAUUCGUGAAAAUGGUCAAGAAGUUGAAAUUAGUAAAAUUGGUAAAGGAGGGUACUUUGGUGAAUUAGCACUUGUUACUCAUAAACCACGUGCGGCUUCUGCUUAUGCUGAAAAAGAUCUAAAACUUGCAUUUUUGGAUGUGGAAGCAUUCGAACGUUUACUUGGUCCAUGUAUGCAGCUUAUGAAGCGUAAUAUAAAUGAUUAUGAAGAUCAAUUGAUAAAAAUAUUUGGCUCAAAGUCAAACAUCAGCGAUAUUCGAUGAAGUUAUUCAUUAAUAAUUAUAAAAAACGCCUUCUUCUCUGAUUUUUUUUAUUUAUUGCACUGUUUUAUUUAAUUUUAAAAAUUUUUUAUAUGUCAACCAAAAACCAAUGCCCAUCAACAGUUACUUGUUACAUAAAAGAAUAUUUUAAAAUACACAUCAACAAACAACUUUUUAUUGUUAUCGACAAAAAUAUUGAAAUUUCUUUGUAAAACCCAAUAAAAAAUCGUCUUUUAUUUUCCAUUUUACUUAUUGUUCACAAUUUGUAUAGAAUAUUUUUAAAAUAUCGAUAUAACACGAUUAUUUUUAUUUCAAAACAAAGAAGCCUGCAAUCGUAGAUGAAAAUUUUAUGCUUCCAAAAAAAAAAGAAACUAUUCUAUCUAGAACGCAAUAAUCACAUUAGAAGAAUUAUCAUCGUGUUAUAUGAGAUAUUAUAGAUAUUUAGUUUUUGUUAUUUACAAAAAUUAUUUUAAUUAAAAAUGGGCUAUGUAAUUAGUUAAAAAAUAAUAAAUAAUCGUGCAUUAUAAGUAGUCAAACCUAUAUAAAA